AUGGUAUUAUCCAGCGCAACGCACGUCGGACAACGGCCGGAAAAGCAGCGCAAGCGGAUGACGAGGAAUCCCAAACUGCAGGUCGACUACGUUCUGACGAGGAACAUCCCCUUGUCAGAUAUCCGAAAACUCAGAGCUGUUUGGGACGUUGUCUUCGACUCUGACCACCGCCCAGUUCUUCUUCCGCCAACGUGUGUCUAUUCAUACUUUACAACCGUUUUCAACGCUCUUCAUCGAAGCCGUCUUCCCAACGCGCUCCGCGAAGAUGGAACACCAGCUAAGUUCGUUCGCUUGCUUGGUGACAUGAAUCAGCGAACAACUGCAGCAGUUCGAACACCAGUUGGUUCUACAACCCUAUUUGAGGUGGUAACUAGAGUAAGACAAAUGGCACUGGGAGGACCCUUCCUGUUCAACUUCGCUAUCGACGACAUUAUGCGAAGAACAAUCGAUCAGUGUCCUGCCGACAUCGUUUUAGCAUCACCAUCCAUCAGGGUGUCCCUUGACUUAUCUUGA